UUGAAAUCGCCGGGUUGGAGUGUGAAAUUCCGUAUUUUCCUUGUUUUGCGUUCGAUUUUUGUCUUUUUAUAGUGUCGAACAAGUAAAAAAAAGUAAUUUGGAGGUAUUACACGAUGAACUUAGAUCUCAACGUGGUUGUGAAUGCUCUAGAGCGUGGAGAAGUACUCAAUACCUCCAGUAGUAGUAGCAGUAGUAGCAGCAGUAGCAGCAGCCGCAGCAGUAAUGAUUCGCUCUUUAAUUCCACUGGAGGUUCAGAGGAAGCGAUUGAAGAUGACGAAAUAGUGCAGAUGUUUGGAGCAUAUCAAGAACUGCUUUUUGGUGCCCCUCGUAAAAGGGUUGAAGACUAUCUCAAUAUUGUCCACCAGAAGGAUGACGAACAGUUUCGAAGAGAAUUUAGGCUCCCUAGACCUGUAGUCGAUGACCUAAUUGGUGAGCUGCAUGCCAGUGACUUCAUUCCAAACACCCCUGGGGGAAAGGAUACAAUAAGUGCAGAACUAAGUCUCUUAAUGUUUUUAAGCAUGGUGAGCAGUGACAAUGUACUCAGAGAAACUGCCAAUUUAUUUGGAUGUGGUGAAACAACCGUAUUUAGAGUUGUACGAAGAGUUACAGACUGGCUUUUACAUAUUUCGCCUGACCAUAUUGUCUGGCCCCGGGGUGAAGAUAUCCAACCAACUUCUGCUGCGUUUGCUACGAGGGCAAAUAUUCGCAAGUGCAUUGGUGCUAUUGAUGGCUCUCACAUUGGCAUUGAGAAACCUGAGUUUUAUGGCAGGGUUUAUUGGUGCCGCAAAGAGAAGUACUCUAUUGUCCUGCAGGCUGUUGUCAAUUUUGAAAUGAUAUUCACAAAUGUACAGUGUGGUAGUCCUGGCUCUUUCCAUGACAUACGUGUGUUACGGAGAACAGGAUUGUACAGAGCAGCAGAACGUGACCUCGAGAACACUUUCCCUCGGGGCACUUUUUUAUUGGGGGACAAAGGCUAUGUUGGUGUUGGUGAAAGAUGGAUUGUCACUCCUUUCAAGGACUACGGCAAUCUUACUCGAGAGCAGACUGAUUUUAAUACAAGAGUAUCCUCAACUCGUGUUGUUGUUGAACAGGCCUUUGGACUUUUAAAAAGUCGUUUCAGAUACUUGAGAGGAACAAUGAGACUCAGGGAUAUUCGUUUUGCUGCAAGAGUAGUUAUUGCUUGCUGUGUUUUGCAUAAUAUCUGUAUGAGGAGAGAUGACUAUGGUGAAGACUUGAUUGAUGAGGAAGACAAUGAUGACAGUGAUGAAAAUGAAGGUGCUGAUUCUGAAGAUGAUAUUGAUAACAAUGACAACGCGCCGGUGGCACAAAAUCGGACACUUUCUGCCUUCAGAGAACUAUAUCCAGAUGCUGUUAUUCCUGUAAGGCAGAGGCGUGCGGCAAAUGCACUUGUAUGAAACUUGUAACUCACUAUAUGUACGUGCGUAUUGACUUGGUGGAAAGCCAUGUUGAAGUGUAUGUAUCUGCAAAUUCUAUGCACCAUCUGCUAAUAAAGGAGCUAACACUCUCUUGUCAAAGUAACGUACCACCUGUCCAUGAGGUGCAUAAAUUAACUAUAGAAAAUGAUCAUCUGAAAGGUGAUGGUUUGAGUACACUGAAGUGUGUGCAGGAAAGUGCAGUAAUGAUCAGA